AUGGUGGAUGAGCAGAAGAAGAAGAAGCAGAAAUUGGAUCACUAUUUCAACACUAUUCCUACUCGCGUUGAGGCCGUGACUGCUCUCAUAUGGAAAUCGGCUGUGGAGGCAGCGAGGAAGAGGCCGGACUGGAGCAAGAAGUAUCCCCCAUCAUCAGCAGUGACCCAUGUGGUGAACAUCAGAAGCACGAUAAGGCCCCAACCAUUGCCCGAGAAUGCCUUGGGCAAUCUGUGGCAGUCCAUUGUGGCACCACUCGUGGAACCAAACGAGAAAGUUGAAUUGCAGGACUUUGCAGGCAUUCUCAGGAAAUCAAUAAGGGCAAUUGAUAGCAAAUAUUUGAGUGCGCUUCAAGGAGAGAAUGGAUUGGCCAAGGCCUGCGAGAGCCUCAUGGCGGCACGGAAGCCGGCGGCGGCGUCUGCGGGAGAGAUCGAGCUCUACAGGUUCAGCAGCUGGGCAAGGUUCCCGUUCUACAAGGCAGAUUUUCGCUGGGGAAGGCCCGCUUGGGUGUGCACCACCAGUGUUCCCAUGAAAAAUGCGGUGAUUUUGAUGGGAACUAGGUGUGGGGAUGGGAUUGAAGCAUGGAUCACCUUGUCUCAGCAUGACAUGAUCGAGUUCGAGCGCAACGAUGAGUUGCUACAGUUCAUUGCACCGAGCCCUUGA